AUGGCGACGGCGUCGGCGUUCGAGCCGUUGCCGCCGUAUAUCCCACUCGGUGGCGGCGACGAUGAUCAGCAUCUGCCCCCGGCCGGCGACGGCGACGACGACGAUGAUCCUUACAGCUAUCUCGAGAUCGCCCGCCUCAUCGAGGCGGAGGUCGCCGCCAUUUGGCUCCAGGAGUUCCUGCUCCCCGGCGGCGACGGCGAGCGCUUCGGCCCGCCCGGCCCGCGCCUCCCGCCCGUCCACCGCAACCCCUUCCCUUCCCGGCAGGAGCGUGCCGCGUCGGAGUCCAGCGCCAGAGCAGCACCGCCACCGCCGACAUUUCCCGGCGCCGCAGCUGCCACGGCGGCGGACAUCAGCUGCCUCGGGAAGCGCAAGUACGAGGGGCCGCGCGCCGGGGAGUACUCGACGGAGUGCGUGAUCUGCAUCGAGGAGUUCGAGGUGGGCGACGAUCUGAGCACGAUGCCGUGCCCGCACGGGCACCGGUUCCACGAGAAGUGCCUCGCCAAAUGGUUGGCGCGAAGGCGCUCCUGCCCGCUCUGCCGCCAUUUGCUUCCCGCCAAUAGCACCAACAUUCAUUCCGUUUAA